AUGGCCGAAAAGUUUCCGCCUCUUGAAAACGAUACUUUUGAGCCAGAAUCGACCUCUGGACAACAAGAAACAGACUUCUUGAAAAGAGAAGCAGAACUGCUGGGAGACGAAUUUAAGACGGAGGAAGAUUCAGAAUUUCUGCAAAAUGCAGAUGAGGACGAUUUUGGCGACUUUGAGGAAGUUCCGGCUCGCGCUCACACAGAUUCAGCUGCUGCAGAGUCUCAAAAAAACGAUUUUAUAGGUGAAGAUCAUCAACAGAGUGAUUCGCAAAAUAGCUCUGCUUCUCUACAAGCAGAGGAUUCUCAGGUGAUCGCUGAAUGGGAAGAGACUCGGGAUCGAGAAAUUAGUGAACGAGACACGGCCCAGGAAGAGGCCAAAACCAAGCUGCAAGAGGAGGCCGUCAAGCAUAUGGAUGAUUUCUACGAUAGCUACAACCGGAAGAAGGAACAGCAACUGAAGACUACGAGGGCUGAGGCUGAGAAAUUUCUAAAAGAGAGACAAGAGUUUGCAACUCAGGACAAUACCACUUGGGAUCGCGUCUUGCAACUGAUAAACGUCGAUGACGCAGACCUCGUGAACGGCAGAGACAGAUCCAAGUUCAAAGAAAUUCUCCUCAAGGUCAAGGGCAAUCCCAACGCCCCAGGAGCUUAG